AUGAAGAUCGCCGUAGUAGGAGGUGGCGUUUCCGGGCUGUCCUCCGUGUGGGCAUUGAACGAAUACUCGUCUCAUCAAGUGCACCUUUUCGAGCCGCUGCCAUGGAUUGGCGGUCACGCGAAUACGGUCUCGUUUGCCUCGCCAACCUCUGCCUCGCCCGCUUCUGCCGCUACGACACCCGUGGAUACCGGUUUCAUCGUGUUCAAUCGUGUGACGUACCCUAACUUUCUACGUUUCCUCCAACUCACCGGUGUCGAGAUUCUCAACAGCGACAUGUCGUUCUCGGUGACGCGCUUCAUCUCCUCGCUCGGAGGUUACGGUGGAUUCGAAUGGGCUGGUGGAUCUCCAGCCGCGCUGUUCUGCCAAGCUAGUAACUUGGUUAAUCCGGCUCACUGGAGGAUGGUCUGGGACAUUGUGCGAUUCAACCAGCAAUCGGUAGAUUACCUGCGCGAGUGCCGACAAAAGUCGAACAAAGACGCCCAGAUCAGCAUCGGAGAAUGGCUCGAUCAACGAGACUACUCGACCAACUUUCGACGAAACUAUCUGAUCCCCAUGACGGCUAGCAUUUGGUCGACACCCCCGGAUACUGCUCUCUCGUCGUUCCCGGCGCUCACGUUGCUCAGGUUCAUGCACAACCACCACCUGCUGCAGAUCCUCGAUCGACCACAGUGGCUGACGAUCAAAAAUGGCUCUCGAAGCUACGUCGAUCGCAUUCUCUCUCGCUUACCCGAAGAAAGGAUUCACCAAGGUAACCAACAUGGCCACGUUGUAGCAGCCUGGAUCGACGGACGCAACGCCAAGUGGACGCUCAAAACCGCCGACGGUCACAAACACUCCGGUUGGGACCGGAUCAUCUUUGCAAGUCAUGCGGACGACACGUUGAAAAUGCUGCUCGAAGGCGAGGCGGAAGGGUUGGGUGUGGGCAAAGACGUGAUCGACACGCUGGCCACGUUUCGGUUUAGCGAGAACACGGCGGUGCUACACGCGGAUACGAGGCUGAUGCCGACGAGAAGGCAGGCUUGGAGCGCGUGGAAUUUCCUAGCUGAAACCAUCGGUUCAUCUGACUCGACAAAUGCCAAGGUGAAUGCAAAGCAAGUUGGCGAUUCAAAUCGAGCCGAUGUGGACAGGGUUUCGCUCACAUACUGGAUGAACCUGCUCCAGUCGUUACCCGAAACCACCUAUGGUCCCGUUUUCGUGACGCUCAAUCCGACCACCGACCCUUCCUCCCCCUACACCCCUCGCCCGGACCUCGUGCUUCGACGUCAGACCUACACCCACCCGCUCUACACCCCCGAUACCGUCCUCGCCCAAGCUCAUCUGCGAACACUCCAAGGCACUCGAGGCGCAUUCUUCGUCGGUGCAUGGACCAACUACGGCUUUCACGAAGACGGCUUCUCCUCCGGCCUCCGCGCUGCAGACGCUAUCGACGCUGUCUACCUGCCCUUUGACAUCAAACACGCCGAAAGGGACGUCCCCAACACCAAAUUGCUCGCCUGCAAGCUCGUUGAGUCUGUGCAUGGUUGCGCCAAAUCGUGGAUGGUGACUUGGUCGGCCAACAUUACGUUGAUGGUGCUGGUGCAUCUCUUGGCUCUCGUCGAGCUGGCAUUCGUUUUGCUCGGGGGCAGAAAGCAAUGGACUGACGGGCUGGCGACCAUCAAAACCCAUUUCAAAGACUCGCUUCGCAACGAUACUAAGAACAUCAAAUCGACCUGA